GAAGAGACGGAGAGACCAGACGAGGCUGUAUCUGCACUACAGCUGAGUAGACGCAGCACAGAAGAGGGUCCAGAAGAAACCCAGUUAGAAAAAUUUAAGAAUAUCACUAACCCUAACAUGAUGGAAGUGGUCCUAACCAGACUGCGGGACUUCUCCUGCAAGACCUCCACCUUUGAUGACUGUAAACCAGCCGGGCAGACUUCAUGCAGGGACCCUCGAACAAGGACUGACCACCGCAGAGAAGGGUGCACAGCUGGAGGAGAGGGCACCAAACUGGACAUCGAGAGUGCACUGGCCUGGCUGCGAAGAGAACUGAUGGAAAUGCGUUCCCAGGACCAAGCACUGAUCCGACAGCUGAUGGAGCUUCACUCCGGCAUCCAGGAGCUCAAGCAGGAGUUGUCUGAGGAGGAGCAAGAGGAGGAAACAGAUGAGGAGGAAGAAGAGGGCAGCUACUGGGACUCUGAGAGCGAACAAGGAAGCGGCAGCGUCUACUCCAGCUCAGGGGAGGCGGGCUUUUCCAUUUCCUACCUGAAGAUGUCUCCGCCCCUUCGUUCAGGGGUUUCAUCGAAGAAAGCGUUCAGCAGGAGAAGCUCUGUGCCUUGAAAAAUUCAAACUAUUACAAGAAAUUCCAACUUUUGAAGUCUCUCCUCAACUUCCGUUUAUCCUCUGAGACAGUCAACAGAGACAAGGUGGAGCAAUUUCCCACCAUAAUUUCUCUGCCCCCCUCUGAAUUCUUUUAUUUUAUGAUUUUUGCUUUGAGAGAAACCAAACAAGAGGAUGAAGUGGAGUUAAGGAAAGAAUCAGCAGUGGUGUCAUGUCGGCUUAUCAUUGCCUCACUAUGUUGAUGCAGAAGUAAUGUUCAUUUAAAUCCUCACACUAAUUACAAUAUGUCAUUCUAAUGGCUUCAUUAGUUUACAGCCUUUUUUUGUGAUUUCUAUUUUUUUUAACAAAAAUAUAUGACACUGUAGAUGAAUACAUUUGCUAAAUCUGACAGGCUGCUCAGAAGGAUUUAAAGGAACUGUUCGACAUUUGUGGAAAUACAUUUAUUCACUUUCUUGUUGAGAGUUAGUCACAUCCAGCUGUCGGCUGGCUUCGUUUUGCAUAAAGACUGGAAACAGGGAGACAGUUAGCUUGACUCUGUGCGAAGGUUUUGAGUUUUUAUUUUUGUACGGAUUAAAUAAAUGCGAUAUAAUCUGUUAAAUUGUGAGAUUUAGCAUUGUUGGUUGGCAGAUUGUGUCGCAUUUGUGCAGAGCCAGGCUUGCCGUUUUCCUGUUUUUUGGUCUAAAAGCUAAGCUAAGCUAACCAAUGGAUGUCUGUAGCUUCAUAUUUAAUGGACAGACAGUAAGAGAGUGGUAUCAAUCUUCUCCUCUAACCCUAAACGUCCUAUUCCUUUAGUGUUUGACAGAAUAGCACAAGCUGUGUAUUAGACAUUGACCUAAAGGCAGUCCUUGUUGUCUUUGUGUAGUAUUGUGUGUCUGAAAGUAAGAGAAAGUUUUCUUCUCUAUGUAGACAAAUAUUCAUGUUAACAGUAGCUUUGAAGACAAACUCUCUGCUGGAUUUUUCAAACACUGUACAAAUGUUAAAUUCUGGAUUUUCUUGUUUAUGUAAAACUCUGAGAAGUCUGUGAACCUGUCAAUUAUCAGUGUGUGUGUGUGUGUGCGUGCGUGCGUGCGUGCAUAUGUGUGUGCAUGUGCUGGAAGCUCACUGACCUUUUACGACCUGCAAAGAGAAUGGCUUCAAUGCCGCAGCAGGACAGCGUGGAGUUCAUUGUAUCUUUAUUAUACACAUGCAGUGAUAAAACAUUCUGCUGACAGUAAUACGCUGUUGGACAGAACUUAUAGUUUUAAAUAUCUCUCUGAGAAACAAUUAAUACAGUUAAGUUAGUGAGCCAACCUGUAAAUCCAUGUUUAAAAUGGAAACUGUGGUUAUAUUGCUGAUGUGUAGAAAGAAUCUGUGAACUGUAUAAGCUAGACUUGUUUGGAAAUGAGAUGUGGAUGUAUUUAUUAACCAAACGUGAACUUUUAGCAGUAUUUCAAACAGAUGCUGUACUGCAGCAGUACAGUAUGCCAGCAUAAUAAAGAGAUGAAAAUAGU